UAAAGAUGAAUUAUGGAUCUGGAUCUGUUAAUAUGGAUCAUCAAUGAUCAAUAAUUAGUAUCGGCAGCAAUAGAAUGUGAUCAUGGAUCUAAAAGUUAGAUUUUCUCUCUUCUUUCUUUUGUUCCGUUGCUCCACUAACAUUGAAACUGUAAAUGUUUAUUUUCUCUGAGAGACGUCGUUUGUGUGUUUUCAGGACAUAACUAAGGAGAGGAGUUCUCGGUUCGACACUCUGCGUCACUCUCUGGCCGGGAUGAUCCGAUCUCCUAAAGCCAUGCUGGGCUCCUCCACCUCGUUCUUCGAUGUGAUCCCGACGUCGGGGCGCCCCCUGGCGGAGCAGGAGUGGUACCACGGCGCCAUCCCCCGCACCGAGGCUCAGGAGCUACUACGGCAACAGGGAGACUUCCUGGUGAGGGAGAGUCACGGUAAACCGGGCGAGUACGUCCUGUCGGUGUUUUCUGACGAGCAGCGGAGACACUUCAUCAUCCAGUACGCCGACAGUCAGUACCGUUUCGAGGGGACGGGUUUCUCCACCAUUCCUCAGCUCAUCGAGCAUCAUUUCUCCACCAAACAGGUCAUCACCAAGAAGUCUGCAGUCGUGCUGCUCAACCCCGUCAUUAAGGAUAAGAAAUGGAUCCUGAACCACGAGGACGUGGUGCUGGGGGAGCUGCUGGGAAAGGGUAACUUCGGCGAGGUGUUCAUUGGGACGCUACAGCGCGACAAAACACCAGUGGCUGUUAAAACGUGUAAAGAAGAUUUACCUCCAGAGCUGAAGAUCAGGUUCCUGUCUGAGGCCAGGAUCCUGAAGCAGUACGACCACCCGAACAUCGUGAAGCUGAUUGGUGUGUGUACACAGCGACAGCCGAUCUACAUCGUCAUGGAGCUUGUUCCUGGUGGAGACUUCCUGUCCUUUCUGAGGAAGAAGAAGAAGGAUGAGCUAAAGACGAAGCAGCUCGUUCGCUUCUCUGUCGAUGCUGCUGCCGGUAUGGCGUACCUGGAGAGUAAGAACUGUAUCCACAGGGACCUGGCAGCGAGGAACUGUCUGGUGGGAGAGGGCAGUGUGUUGAAGAUCAGUGACUUUGGGAUGAGUCGUCAGGAGGACGAUGGUAUUUAUUCUUCAUCUGGACUGAAACAGAUUCCCAUCAAAUGGACGGCGCCAGAGGCCCUGAACUACGGUCGUUACAGCUCUGACAGUGACGUGUGGAGUUAUGGGAUCCUGCUGUGGGAGACUUUCAGUCUGGGGGUGUGUCCUUAUCCAGGGAUGACCAAUCAGCAGGCCCGAGAGCAGGUGGAGAAAGGUUACAGGAUGUCCUGUCCUCAGAGUUGCCCUGACGACGUGUACAAAGUGAUGCAGCGCUGCUGGCAGUACAACCCUGAGGAGAGACCCAAGUUCUCUGAUCUGCAGCACGACCUCGCCGCCAUCAAGAAGAAGUGAUGACAUCAUCACACGACCUCGCCGCCAUCAAGAAGAAGUGAUGACAUCAUCACACGACCUCGCCGCCAUCAAGAAGAAGUGAUGACAUCAGCACACGACCUCGCCGCCGUCAAGAAGAAGUGACGACAUCAUCACACGACCUCGCCGCCAUCAAGAAGUGAUGACAUCAUCACACGACCUCGCCGCCAUCAAGAAGAAGUGACGACAUUAUCACACGACCUCGCAGCCAUCAAGAAGUGACGACAUCAUCACACGACCUCGCCGCCAUCAAGAAGAAGUGACGACAUCAUCACACAACCUCGCAGCCAUCAAGGAGUGAUGACAUCAUCACAACCUCAAUGCCAUAAAGUAGUGAUGACAUCAUAACAUAACCUCAAUGCCAUAAAGAAGUGAUGACAUCAUCACACGACCUCGCUGCCAUCAAGAACAGGUGAUGACAUCAGAGACAGCAGAGUGUCGUCAGCAAAGAAAAGUAUGGAGGUGGGCGUGGUCAUUAAGUGGGCGUAACUAUUAAGUGGGCAUGUCUUUUGGUAAAAACAGAAAUGGUUGAGCUGUUUGAGUUCACAAACAUUUAAAAACACAAAUUAAACAUUUACCUGCUGAUGUUUGAACUCGUUAAACUACAGAGAAAAUACUACUAACGUUAGCAUGGGUGUAGCUAGCUAUGUUAGCAUCUGUAAACGCAUUAAAAAUUCUCAGUUGACUGAAAACUUUAAAAAACCUGGUGGUCAAACAGGAAGUCACAUGCAGAAGUUAAGCCUGUUGAAAUGUAGCUAACAGCUUAGCAUGUACUGUAGCAAGGGUUGUUAGCAUGUUACAACAUGUUCUGAUUACGUUUUUAUUCUGUGUGCAUCCACAGUUAUUAACAUUGUAGUAUCGGGUUGUAAGACAAAAAAACAUUGGCUACUUUACAAAAAUGUAUAAACUACAUUUGAUUAGCACGCUAGCAAUAAUGCUAGCUAGGCUGUCACCCUCAGUCACAUGACCCUCAGGUGAUCGUGUUCCCAGACGACUCGUCUCUUUCCUCAGACGUCUUCUUCUCUCUCGUCUUCCUGAGCUCAACAACAAAUCAAACGGCUUCAAUAAAACAAAUCAAUACAAAUCAGACAGGAAGUAAAAUAACUUAUAAACUAAAUGAAACUCGAAAAACGUUUGUUCAUGAAACUAGAUGUUGUUUCAUUCGUCUGAUAGAAACCAGAUUGACGGUCUUUAUUUGUGAGUAAAUCUAUUAAUCGUUUGAUCGUUUCUUAUUUUGAAAAACCACUUGUUUCCUGUGAGUUUGAAAAUGUUCUGCAACUUGUGUGAAAAUACAAAAUACACUAAAAUAAGUAACGAUCCAAGUGCGUCAACAGGUGGCGGUCAAACUUUAAGCCACGCCCCCUUUCACUACAGCAUGAACACUAAAAACGUUUCCACUGCUGAGGACCAAUCAGCUGUGAACACUAAAGAGUUUGUUUCUGUUCUUAUUUAUUAUGUUUUUAUGAUUUUAACGUUUCUCAGAUUCUCUGACGGCUCAACCGUCAAAAAUACUAAAAUAACAAACUGACUUGAAUCUGACGAAGAACUGACCUUUAUUUUGGAAAAAUAAAACAGCUGUCUAUCAUCACGCAGACCACGCCCACUCCGACCAAUUUUUAUUUAUUUUUUUUACAGGAAAUGUUUUUGACCAAUCAGUGAUUUAAUGUAUUUUGUUGACGGCUGAAAA